AUGUUCUUGGAAGAGGUUUUGGAACCUACUCCCAAGAAAUCACGAUCUCGCCGAUCCACUAGUCCUAGGGCUGUUCAACGACGAAGAAUUCAGAACAGAUUAUCUCAGCGCAACCACCGGCGAAGGGCAAAAGAAAGCAGCGAGGCUACCAACAAGACACUACCUCAGUACGCAGGCGAAGGCGAAGGCGAAGGCGAAGGCGUAAACUCAGAAGUGAUUGCGGUACCACCCAUGUCCGAUAACAGCACAAUGCAGCAAGGCUGUGGUCUCGACCGGACCCAAAACCUCCAUUACCUGCCAGGGAGCUAUCAUGAGCCUCUCCAGUAUGCGAGCAGUUCCGAAAACUCGGUCGAUUACUUUGAACGUCAACAACUGUCCCACAGCCAGCUAAGCUCUGCUCCAGCAACUGCAAACUCAGCGUGGUAUUCAGCAGUUGAUAUGCACAACCUUAUCGCACCAGAAGACAUGGUUUCUUUGUUCUCACCGGACCGGGAAUGGUCACAGUCAGACAUAGAACGUUUGUCAGCACCAAUGGAGUCCAACGCUACCAGGCCAGACUCCCAGCCCCUGUGUGCCUGUCGUAACAGCUCGGAGCCGGUGCUUGGACAAGUCCCAGAGGGCUUUCCAUUAUGGCGCCAGAACGAACAAGGAUCUGAUAUGCGCAGGAUCCCAUCGGCGCAGAGCCAUUCUGAAUUGGAUUCCCAUAGAUUACGCAGUGAGACCGGUCAUCACGGACCGGGGCCCGGUCUGCAUAACAGCGCCGCAGGAAUGCCGCAUUCGACGCUGCAGGGGCAUGCCAAUACUUGCAGCAGCAGCAGGCUGUCAUCUCUAUCUUCAUCCAAAGUAUCCCCAUCGGCGGAGGAAACUAGUCCGUCUCCAGUAGCCGAACUGACCCGCCGAUUCGACUCCAUCCUAGAAGCCAUGCGCACAUCGGGUUUCCACAACUUUGACGAGAUGGCAGUGGCUUACUAUACUGGUCGGUUCAGCACAGGGAGUGUCCCGUCAAUCAUGCAGUGUUCUAGCCGGGGCCGGCGCUUGAAAGUCAUACUUCAGAAACUUCACCAGGACAGUCAGGAAUGGCCCAAGUGGGAGUCUCGGGGGCUCCAAGAAAGCAUGUCGACUGCAACUGCAUCACUUUGCGUUGAUGAAAUUGAACGAUUGGUCAAGGAAGAAUUUCCAGCACAAGCUCAAGACAAACCACCAUGUAGUGGGACGACACUCGAGCAACUUCUCUCAACAUAUGAUAUCGGAUAUGUCUUCUCCAGAAGCAAGGAACAGUCAUUAUCUCCCCUUCCAUCCGAGGUAGCUCCAGAUAAGAUACCGCACCUCUGGUCAUUGUUAACUGAACUGGCUGGUAUACGUAACGUGUAUUGCGACGAAAUCGCUAGGUUGUUACUAGGUAUUCUUCUCUUAUCUAGGAGACUUUUAUAG